AUGCUAUUCAUAUUAACUAUUCUUGUUGUCGCCUUGGUAUCCAUAGUACAAGGUGCCGAUAAUUACGCUACUUACCCAAAGGUUCCCAAAACUGCAUCAAUAAACGGGUUUGCUGAUCCAAUCAUAGAUUUGUUACCGGACUGUGCCAAAGAAUGUGUCAAAUACAGUACCAGCAAUACUCCAUGCCCAUAUUGGGACACUGGAUGUUUCUGUGUCAUGCCCCAAUGGUCAGGUUUAGUUGGUCAAUGUAUUGCUCAAAAUUGUAAAGGUUCAGAUGUUCAAAGUGCUAGGUAUUUGGCCACUUCAUUAUGUUCAACUGUUGGUGCUAAUACUUGGAUGAUGCCAGCAUCUAUCUCAAGCAUGAUGGCAUCAGCUGCCGAUGGUGCCAAGGAUGUCACUACCAUUUCCGGAAAGACAGCAAUGUCAUGGGUCACAGCUCCAGGAAGCUCAGACACCAAUGUCAUUUCAGAGACUGGAUCCAGCAGCAGUGCUUCUGAAACUGACUCUAAUGACGUUUCUAAUUCCGAAUCCUCAAGCAACAGUGGAUCAGCCAGUUCAGAAGAGAGCUCAACUAUAAGUGAAGGCAGCUCUACAUCAACAGGCUCGUCAUCCAACAUGGGUGUUUUACAAGCCGGUAGUUUGGGAAGUGUCGUUUUAGUUUUGAUCAGUUUCCUCAUGUAA